GCUCCUAAUUUAUGGCAAACACAUGACAACCUACUGAGAGUCAUUCCCAUAGAGAACACAGUUUAUUCUGACCAACUUAAGCCUCUACCAAAGACCUUCAUUAACAGCCAUAUGUUGGAGUUCUUGGCGGUGAACACAAGGUGGCGCCAGUGCUUUCCCAGACUGACAGUGCAGCCGAGCUUUGGUACAUGAAGAGAGCAGAACUGAUUGUCCUCCCAAGAAACCCUGUCACCGUUUCUGUUUUCGAAAGUAUUUACAAACAGCAAAGCCAUUGUUUUAUCCAAAGAGCAGAGCUAAAUGAGAGCAGUCAAAGCAGUAGUAUUUCCAAUUCUACUUCACUGUAUUUCAUUCUGUUGUUUUUUUACUGCACUGCUGAGUUUAUCUGCCAGCCAUACUUUCCAGAUAAAGUUUUUAUACAUCAAACACAUGAUAAGCUUAUCUCAUUGACCCAACUGUAUGUAACGUUGUUAAAAUCAGCUGCUCUGUGGGUCCAUUUUUUCCUAGUGAAUGCUUUUCCUUUUUAAACUUCCAGUACGUGUUGCUGCUAAUACCUCUCUUUGUAACAGAGUUUUUCUACACUGUGGUAUUGCUGCUGUUUUCACUCGUCAAGUGACGGGUGGUUUAUGUGCAGUUCGUCGCCGUGCCGGCAGGGGGCGCGGCGCUGCCUGUCCAGGUGGCCGUGACGUCACCCCGGGCUUUAGGUGCUGCGCGCUCGAGCCUCCGCGGAGCUCACAUCAGUGCUGCUGGAGGAGGACCGGAGCGGAGGUGACCGCCUUGUUUACAAGUCAGCUAUGGACGCGUUCACUGCCUGUGGAUGAUGUUUUCUCUGCGCAUUUAAAAGGUGACGGCCAUUGUCCUCUCGCUGAAUGUUAACUGUGGGUGUGUGUUGAUAAGGUCUCCAGCCUCUGAGGACAGGGAGCAAAUGCCAAUCUGCUGAAGAAAAGAUUAAAUCAGGAAUCUGUCACCUCGCCCAAGUGGGUGUGAAUUGCUGGCUGCAGUCAUGGGGAACCAGCUGACUGAUAUGGCUCCCAGCACGCCGUCCUUCCUGCCAAACUUCCACUCUCUGCACGUGGUCGUCAUCGGCCUGGACUCGGCCGGCAAAACCUCUCUGCUCUACAGGCUCAAACUGAAGGAGUUUGUGGAAACGAUCCCCACCAAGGGCUUCAACACGGAGAAGAUCAAGGUGGCUGUGGGCACCUCUCGGACCAUAAACUUCCAGGUGUGGGACGUGGGCGGCCAGGAGAAGCUGCGCCCGCUGUGGAAGUCUUACACCCGGCGGACGGACGGGAUGGUGUUUGUGGUGGACUCCACUGAGCUGGAGAGGAUGGAGGAGGCCAAAGUGGAGCUCCACAAGAUCACCCGCACCUCAGAGAACCAGGGGGUCCCCGUGCUCAUCCUGGCCAACAAACAGGACCUGGAUUCGGCCUUGUCCGUCAGCGAGGUGGAGAAGCUGCUUUCCGUCCACGAACUGAGCUUGUACACGCUGCAUCACGUGCAAAGCUGCAGCGCUGUGGACGGCCGCGGUCUCCAGCCGGGCCUGGAGAAACUUUACGAGAUGAUCGUCAAGAGGAAGAAGAUGGUGAAGCACAACAGGAACAGAAAGAGAUGAACUCUUGGCUCGCUGUGUGGACAUUACCCGGGGAGAUUUAUCCACUGCUGAGACACUUCCAAGCUUAAUGGUCCUUUUUAAUGGGAGAGCGAUUUGUGCCAACGAAACAACAAUUACGAACGGCCUCGGGGUCAGCAGGAAUGGAUUUGCUCAUAACAGCUGAGGCAGUGUUGACACGUUCUUUGUUCUGCUUGAUUAAGUUAGAGAUUCAGAAGGAACCUUGAUAGCAGUUAGUCUUCACUAAGUGCUUUUUUACACUUGUUUGAAAAAAAAAAAGAAUUCAAAGCAUUUGCAUCUGAACAUCUGAACGCACUCACAUUAGUGUGGCGGACGUGCGGCGAAGAAAAAGAUCCAUUAAAACGUGUCCCAGUCCUUCACAAGCUCUGACCCACUAAAUGGCUGUUUUUGUUCCAUGGAUGCUUCCCCCCUCAAUAUGUUUAGUCCACUUUUCUGUUUUUGUAGUGGUGGUGAUGGCACCCCAAAUGAUGUGAACCGCUCUGAAAGCAGCAGUCCUGUGGGUCCCUUCAUGACCUCAGAGGUUAAGCUUCAGUUAACUACAGUGUUUAUACAAAUUGUACAUUUUUGUAACGCUGAAGACUUAAUAAAUCAACACACUGCACAAAACAUUUAUUGCUUUCCUUGAAGUCAGUGGAAGUGAAUGAAGG